CUUGGCUUUCUGUGUGCAUUCCAUUCCGCCGUCGGCCGUCCCCCCCGCCUGAUCUCCCUCCCUCCCUCCCUCCCUCCCUGUGUUGUCAGCGCAAUGAAGUCGGUGUGCGUGGCGUUCGCUCUCUCCCUUUUUGUGGGAUCUCUUGCGCAGGACAUCACAGUGGAUGAGGCACUGCGGAUCUGCGGUGCCGCGUCAGAAGGCUUCGUCACCCCGCCCACCAGAACGGCCAGCACGGCGCCACACUCAGCCGGUCUGCGGGGGCGGCUGCGCAUGGGCCUUGAUCAGUACAAGGAUGAGCUUGCCCAGACGGCAAACACCAUUGCGGGUCCGGGCAAGGGCAUCCUGGCUGUGGACGAGUCCACCAAGACCAUCGGCAAGCGGCUGGCGAGCAUCGGUGUCGAGAACACUGAAGAGGCGCGGCAGGCCUACCGCGGGCUGCUCUUCACCACUCCGGGGCUGGGCGAGUACAUCUCGGGCGCCAUUCUUUACGAGGAGACUCUCUACCAGAACCACGCUGACGGCACACCAUUUGUCGACUGCCUCAGAAACAUCGGGGUCAUCCCGGGCAUCAAGGUGAGUGAGGUGCGAUGAAUGAAUGCGAUGAUCUAUCUGGGGAUCCCGGGGUGGGUACGUGACCUGGCACACAUGUAUGUCAUGUGUGUGGUGUGUGUGUGUCUAGGUGGACACAGGUCUGACGCCCCUCCCCGGUGCGCAUCCCAUUGAGACCUGGUGCACUGGGCUCGACGGCCUCUACGAGAGAGCUUGCAAAUACUACACUCAGGGUACGCACCGAACACAUGACAUGCACUGAUUGGCAAUGGAACGGAGAGCCAUGAGGAAAAUGUGUGUGUUGGUGUUGGUGUUAUCAAUCAAUCGACUGGCCAGGUGCUCGGUUCGCCAAGUGGCGUGCGGUUCUGCAGAUCACCCCCGAUGGCUGCCCCACCCCCCUGGCCAUCAAGGAGAACGCAUGGGGCCUUGCACGAUACGCGCGCGCCGUCCAGGCAAGGAGGGAGGGAGGGCAAUAUCUCAUUUAUUUCAUCACAUUUCUUUCAUCGCAUCACGAAAAUAUCGUUUGUUCUUCCGUGUGCGUUUGUGCGCCUGUGUUUGUGUGUGUGUGUGUGUGUGUGCAGGAGGCGGGUCUUGUGCCGAUUGUGGAGCCCGAGAUUCUGAUGGACGGCGACCACACCAUCGAGAAGACUGCCGAGGUGCAGGAGAAGAUCCUCGCCGAGGUCUACAAGGCCUUGUCCGACAACAACGUCUUCCUCGAGGGCACCCUCCUCAAGCCGUCGAUGACCGUCAGCGGCGCAGACUGCCCAGACACCAUCACACCCGACAUGGUCGCUACCGACACACACAACACACGACACACACGAACACCACACACAGAUGCAACACGUGGACGGCUUUCUUGUCUCUCUGUGUUGUGUGUGUUCAGAUUGCCGAGUACACUCUGCGGACGCUUGAGCGCACGGUGCCCUCUGCGGUCCCGGGCAUCAUGUUCCUCUCCGGCGGCAUGAGCGAGGAGGAGGCGUCGAUCAACCUCAACGUCAUGAACCAAAAGCCGCGCAAGGGUCCUUGGUCGGUGGCCUUCAGCUACGGCAGGGCGCUGCAGCAGUCGUGCCUCAAGGCCUGGCAGGGCAAGCCGGAGCAGCUCGAGGCCGCACAGAAGGCACUCCUCGCACGAGCACAGGUGAGUGAGUCGAUGCUCGAUCAGCAGCCAGCCUGGAGACUGGAAGCUUGGUUGGUUGUGUGUGUGGUGGUGGUGCAGGCGAACAGCGAGGCCCAGCAGGGCAAGUACGUGCCGGGCAGCCAGCCGUCAGCAGACGAGUCCCUCUUUGUCAAGGGAUACAAGUACUAGACGGACGUGCGGACAUCACACCUCGCUGCUCAGGGUCGGCCGACCCUCCGUGUGUGCGUGAUGGGUGUUUUCUCUUUUGCUCGCGUGUGGCGUACUUACUGACUCAAUGACUCAAUGAUUUGUCUGCUUGACUGCCUGCCUGCCUGUCUGCCUGAGUACUCGUGUAAUGACUGCGAGACCCUCCUGACAUCGCACAACGCACAACGCCCCGCACACCGGUGCCUGCCUGCCUGCCUGCCUCCCCACACACAGCAACACAGGGCAGGUUCAUUCAGUUUUUUCCAUCCUGUUUGCCUGGCUGCCGUCGUCUCGUAAAGGUGCUCUCCUACUGGACGGACGGACGGACGGAUGUCUGGGCACACCGAUGUGUAAGACCCAGAUUCCCUUCCCUUCUCCCUCCCUCCCUGGCGCUCUGCCUGCCUCCCUCGCUGUUUUCCUUUCCCUCUCCCUCCCCGUGUGUGUCUUCUGGCUGGCCGUCGUGUGCUCUGCUCGACUGAGUGAGUGUGUGUGUGAACGUUUAGCCUGAAUGGAUGGAUGGAUGGAUGGACGCCUUUCAAUCAACCUUGUCUGUGCGUUGCUUGAGGGGGAGGGAGGGGCAAGGCAAGGCGACCCAAAGGCAGACAACGAACCGACCAACGACACUGAUCGAUCGAUCGAUCGGCCGAUCGAUAGAUACCUGCAUACACACCAUACCCAGUUUUUAGGUCUAAAGGCUGCCCAACAACAACAAGACAG